ACAAGUGAGGCUACGUUCGCUCGCGUGGGGCGACGCAAUUUUGAGGUUAUGUUGCUUCGCAAGUAAUUCUGUUUUUCGACUGAAAUUAUCUGAAAUUUCCACAUACGGGCGGUUACGCGCGAUAUCAUUGACGAAGAAGGAUACAGCGAUGUCGGAGUUGUUGGACAUGCAAGAAUUGAAGGAGCAUGUUCGGGUGAAUAGCAAGAGUGGCAUCGUCACCUGCCUCUCCCAGCUCAGAAACGAGCCAUUGCGUUGCAAAAAUUUCAUCAAACACGGAGGCCUUAAUAUUCUUGUGAAUUUAUUGCGCAAUCCACACAGCACCAUACUCAACAUGUGCUUGAGCAUUUUGGCAAAUGCAUGUAUAUCCUCAGAUGCCAGGGAGAAGAUACGAGAUAGCAAUAUAGGAGAUAAUAUAAUACAUAUCAUGAAAAAUCAUGCAUUGGAUUCUACAGUACACUGCCGCGUUUGCAGACUCGUUGGUAACUUAUCAGAAUGUAGCUGGCAUGCAAAGUCAUUGUAUAAUAAUGGAGUAGUAGAACCACUUACCACAUUCUUAAAAUUAAAAACAACUAGGCAAACUUAUUUAAUGGCAAUCAGAGCUAUAAGAAAUAUUUGGAGUGUUUAUAAAGGUAGUAGGGAAAAGAUUAUACACUUACAAGCAGUCAGACAGAUUGCUCAGUUAUUUGUUAUGGCCAAUGAGAAGACAAAAGUCAAUACCAAAUACACGGAGCUUGUAGACGUUUGUCUUAAAGCCAUGUGUACGUUUCUUGUUACACAGGACGAAAACGCCGAUCUUGUACGAUCUUGCAGUGCGCAGAUGGAGGCAGACAAAGAUAAACAAGGUUACAAAAUCCUCAUAGAGUGCUGCAAAGUUGGCAACAACUUAGCUAUCAAGUGCCUUUGCAGUCUCUGCUUGUUAAUGAGUUGUCGGCUAGUGUUGGGUACUCUCGGUGCCGCGGAGCUGCUUAUUACUCUCACCAAAAAUGGCAGCACUAACGGCGAGUUAUCUAGGCAGCUGCUGGUCUCUCUGUGCCUUUUCUGCCAGGAAUCUGUACAUCGCAUGAAAAUGAAGGCUGCCGGAUUAGAGGUGUUCGUGAUAUUACUGAAACGACCUCAACUCGAGAAAUAUCAUUUUAUGCUUCUGGAUGCACUUAUGCAGUUCGCAUACUGUGACAACAGCAUUAUCACAUUGACGAAGCACGGCCUAGUGGAGGUCUUGAUGACAAAAUUGAUGGACUCGAUCGCUGAUACAGCGGUCCUGGACGAAACAAGCGAAUUGAGACCUGUUAAUAAUAUUAACGCGUCAAAUAAACGCUGCUAUGGUUCCACACCUUGUCGGAAGUACAGUCGGAUCAGUGAAGGGAGAUAUAACAGAUACUAUACUUUACACCGUUUUGAUGGUGACUCAAGCCCGGGAAGUUCCACUAGCGUUUCCUCGUCGCCACCUAGCACACCACCGUUAUUGUAUUACGAUUCCAUGAUGGAGACCGAUAUAGAUGAUGAUAAUUACAGCCCGGUUUACAGCGACACGGAAUGGGGCGAUGAUGAAGAACCACAGGAUGAAGAAGCCGAUUCCUUGAAGAGCUGCAAAUCGCUGAUUAUCAACGCGGACAACUCUCGCGACUCUGAGAAGACCAGUACAGGAAUUUUUUGCGUUUCCAUAGUGUUGAUGUUGUUACAUAGAGUGAGCUUGCUUCCUCUACCCAUCGAUAGGCUGGCCGAUCCCAUGACCAUCAAGUCCCUGUUGAUUUACAUAAAUCGUACAAAACACGAGAAGGCCAUCACUAUACUAAACAGAAUCGUACGAAACCCAGCGUACUUUAUGCCGCUACUGAAGCAGGGUUUCGUGUUUGACGCACAAGGUAUGCCGGAACGAGAAGAAUAUCUGCACCACCUGCGUGAAGUGGCGGAGACCGGUGGUGCCAUCGGCCAAUUAUCGUCGAUGUUACUGCGUGGCGAGGAACAGCAUAAGCUGAUCUUCGCAGUGUCGAUACCAUUUCUUAUCGUACAGUCGCGCGUUACUCUCAGAUCUCUGUUGCACAAUCACGGUGGAUUGCAGAUGAUACUGCGUUUGCUGAGCGAUCCGACGCACGAGCUGCAUGAGCGAGCGAUUUGGUCGAUCUGUCGCCUGGCGGUAUCGCUACAGAUCCAACCGGAAACUGUGGAUAAGUGUUCCAUGUCUGCGAGCGACAGCCUGUCGUUUCGUACUUGUAUUCGCGAUAAUCACAAUCCUCUGCCAUUGUCGAUCGUGACGUUCGAGCUGGACGACGGUACGACCGUGGACGCCUGCAGAAGUAUUCUCUGCCAACGUUCCGAUGCUUUCUCCGCGAUGUUAGAAGGUAACUUCAGUGAAUCUGGUAAGCGACGAGUGCGGCUGAGGAACGCUUCUCGCGAUGGACUGAACACACUGAUACUGGCGGCGAGCGGAUCCGCCUAUAAACACCGCAGCAUCGAGUCGUUGUUGGAUGCGGUGUUGUUGGCCGACAAGUUUCUCAUGCCGGAUCUAUCGGAUGCGCUCACCGACAGUUCGGUCGCUAAGCUCAGCUACGAGAACUUCAGCCGCGCCUGGUGGUGGGCCAAGACAAAUGCCUGCCAUGAGCUCCGAUCCUGCUGUGUGAAAACUUUCCUCACUGCGAACAUGACGAACAGUCAGACCGUGCAAGCGUUCCGCGACUUCUUCGCAACCGCCGCCUUUGAGGACUUUCUAUGCGACAUACGGGAGAUCAUUAUGGAUGUAUUGUGCCAACCUUAGACUACAAUCCGAGAUGUACACUGGUUGUCAAAACAGUUUAAACAUUUUUUUUAUGCAGUUUAAAACAUAAAUGAUCCAAUGAAGAAAUAUAACUUUUGGGAAUUAAAAACGAGACUUCUCUUAUUAGAUCAGGGCUCGGAACGGUUUGCCAAUUCUCAGGAGCUACGCCUUCUAUCUUCCCUUUGCCGCGAGCGGGCCACAAAAGUGACAGUCAAGCUUCCAAGCUUGAAGCCGCGACUGGCCGCGACUGUCACUUUUGUAGCCCGCCGCGCGGCAAGGGGGCGAUAGGAGGCGUAGCUCCCGAGAAUCGACCGAAAUUAGCAAACCGUUCUGAGCUCUGUAUUAGAUCAUCGGCUAUGUUUUAAAAUGCAUUGAGAAUACAAAUUUUCAAACUGUUUUCAAAGUAUAUAUGCUAUCAUGCGACUGAUGCUCGAUUCGACGGUCACUUAAUUUGAAGAUUACUUGCGAUAAAGAAAUUUUUUCUACAAGUAUAAAUAUAUAUAUGAAUAUAUAUAUGAAUAUAUAUUUAUAUAUAAAUUUAUAUAUAAAUUUAUAUAUAUAUAAGUUAUUUAUAUAUAAAUAUAUGUAUUUUUUUCGUAGUAUUAUACGAAAUUAUUGGGUGUGUUCAAAUAACACAACAUUUGUGCAAUCAAUGCCUCUGAUUAUGAAAUAUACUUUCAGAUUCAUGGUCAGAUGAAUGGUCAGAUGGUCUUUCAGAUCUAGAAGAAUAUUCCAGUGAUAGUGAGUUGUCAUUUAACUGUUUACUCAACCGUUAUGUUUUCUAAAUGCAGUCAUAGAAAUCAAAAUCGUUAUUACAAGGGUCGUCCCUCAAGCGAAUUAUUUUAACUUUUAUUGUGACAUUUAUUUUUCUCUGAGAGAAACUUCAAGAAAUUGUACAUUGAAUCAUUUAAUGUUUAUUUAAAGCUUUUGCUAAUAUAUAUUUAUUUAUGUGUAGAUGAGAGAUAUUAGAUAUAUCUCACAUAAGGUACGUAUAAAAAAGAGAAAAGAAAGAAAUAUAUGUAAUCUUAAGAUGUAACAUCAAGUUAAAACUAAGUUUAAUGAAAUUAAAGAUUAUUAACUCAAUUAUGGUCUAAGGCUGUGUUCCGAUAUUCAUUACUAGUACUGAAAAUGUAUAGUUUAUGUCACAUAUAUUGUAGAUUUUCAGUACUGGCAGUGAAUUUCGGAACACAGCAUAGAUCGAUCCGAACGCUCGAAGCGGUUUCUAGGAUGAAAAAAGAAAACUAGUAUGUUGUUACAGCUUAUAGUCAAUUUGUUUUUAUCUAUUGUAGCAAACUUCUUGUUAUCUGCGAAAUUGUGUAAAUUGCAAAACUAUUAUAAGUAUUCUCAAUAAUAUUGUACCUAUUAAUGUUGUAUAUACUCCAUAAAUUGUACUAAACACAUCAGCGAGAGAUGUAUUCAUGAUGGCUAGUUUAUAAUGUCUGCAUAUGUGCUCGAAGCAUUUGUAUAUACACUGACGAAAUAAAAAUAAUAGGAUUUUUAAAUCUUAACCCAUA